AUGUCGAAGCGAAACACCAUCAGGAUGAUAGAGGACGAUCCUGUCCCUCAAGACUACCUCCCAUCUUACGAGUCGGCGAUCAGCGAGGGACUCCAGCAACAUAGCGAAAGUGUCGGAUCGGACGGCAGAAUCAACGUAAACCUUGACUCGCGACUGGCAACAACCCUCGCCCGCUUCGUCCCCGACUUCAAAGACCCAGCUCACCUCGCACAAGCAGCAGCCGCCGAGGGGCCCCCACCAGAAUACUUCGAAGCAGCAGAGCGUUUCGCCGAAAAGAAGACGUUCCCUGUUAAACUCAACAUCGUGAUCCAAGUCGUAGGAAGUCGCGGCGAUGUCCAGCCCUUCAUCGCGCUCGGAAACGAGCUUCAAACUUACGGCCACAGAGUACGCCUAGCAACACACGACGUCUUUGACGAUUUUGUCCGUAAAUCCGGCCUCGAAUUCUACCCCAUCGGCGGUGACCCUUCCGAACUGAUGGCCUACAUGGUCAAGAACCCCGGGUUGAUCCCGAGCCUGAAGAGCUUGAAAGGCGGCGAUAUCCAGAAGAAGCGCAAGAUGGUCAAGGAAAUGCUGGAAGGGUGCUGGAGAUCGUGUAUCGAACCCGAUAACCAGACUGGAACACCGUUCGUGGCGGAUGCAAUCAUUGCUAACCCGCCGAGCUUCGCACACGUCCACUGCGCCCAAGCUCUUGGUGUACCCGUACAUCUCAUGUUUACCAUGCCUUGGAGCAGCACGAGAGCAUUCCCGCACCCCCUAGCAAAUCUCAAGUUUGGAGACAAGGGAGUUGUUGACCAGAUGACGGCGAACUUUGUGUCCUACAGUAUUGUCGAGUGGUUGACAUGGCAAGGACUUGGAGAUGUCAUCAACGAUUGGAGGCGGACGAUCGAUCUCGAAGAGGUGCCGUUUUCCGAGGGCCCGGUCCUUGCAGAGUCGCAAAAGAUUCCAUUCACCUACUGCUGGUCCCCAUCACUUAUUCCGAAGCCAAUCGACUGGCCUGCCUACAUCGAUGUUUGCGGCUUCUUCUUCCGCGAACCGCCCCAGUACGAGCCGCCCACCGAGCUCGCGAACUUCCUCAAGAAUGGUCCGACUCCCAUCUAUAUCGGCUUCGGAAGUAUCGUCAUCGACAACCCCGACGAAAUAACAAAGAUCCUCGUCGAAGCUGUACGCGCAACGGGCGUUCGGGCCAUCAUAUCAAAGGGAUGGAGCAACCUCGGAGGCAUCGACGCAGAUGACAUCCUGUUUCUGGGAGACUGUCCACACGAGUGGCUGUUUGCCAAUGUUGCGGCGGUCUUUCACCAUGGUGGUGCGGGAACUACUGCCUGUGGUCUGUUGAAUGGAAGGCCAACCACAAUCGUUCCUUUCUUUGGAGAUCAACCAUUCUGGGGAGACAUGGUUGCUAUCGCAGGCGCCGGGCCAAAGCCCAUUCCACACAAGCAGCUCAAUGCGCAGAACUUGGCAGAUGCGAUCCGAUUCUGCUUGACACCGGAAGCCGCAGUUGCAGCUGGCGAGCUUGCAGCGAAGAUGAAGACGGAGAGCGGUGUGGCCACGGCAGCCAAGUCAUUCCACGCCAACUUACCACUUGAUAUGCUUCAGUGCGAUAUUUUCCCCAACCAGCCCGCAGUGUGGGAGUUUAAGAGAGGCAAGAAGCACGUGAAGCUGUCAAAGCAAGCUGCUGGGAUUCUUCUUGACCACCUCAAGAUUGGCCAGAAAAACAUGUCACUACACGAAACAAAAACGUACAUCAUCGAGAACCGCCGGUGGGAUCCCGUCACAGGCACAGCCUCAUCCUUGAUGGGGGUGGGAUACGGAAUGGUCAAGGGCGCCACCGACAUUGUCGUCAAGCCCGUCCAAGUCUACAACCAACGAUCCAAACUAAAGGCUGCAGAGAUGGAAGAUAUUGAGAGGAGAAGUGCCAGAAGUAUGUCAAGCCUAGACGUCCAGACGCCGCCCCGAUCACCGAGUCUCGCGCCUCCACAAUCCGACGCUCUUGAUCGGCCCCGAAGCGCCGGCCGAGGCUGUGGGAGCACAGCGGGCGCGGUAUUUAAGGCAUCGGCUUCCGGCGUUGGUACCUUUUUCAAGUCCUACGGCAAGUUCUAUCUCGAAGUACCGUUGGCUGUCACGGAAGGUCUCCGCGAGGCACCUAAGCUCUACGGCGAAAAGGUUGAGAACCGCGCUGCCAUUACUGACUGGAAGUCUGGCGCCAUGGUUGGCGGCAAGAACUUUGUCACUGGACUCGGGGGAGGUUUCGCCGAUUUAUUUUAUCAACCGUACAAGGGUGGACGUGAUGGAGGUGCUGCGGGCGCAGCAUUGGGCGUCGGCAAGGGAGUCAUGAACAUGGCGACAAAGACAGCAUCUGCUACUCUCGGAAUUGUCACGUACCCCACCCAGGGCAUCUACCAAAGUAUCCGAACAGCAGUCAAGUCCAAGACUCGACAGAAUAUUGCUGCUGCGAGACGAGUCGAAGGCGAAUACCUCGCCCGCAACGUUCAGGUCGAUAUCCACCAGACGCUACAGAGAUUUGAUGAGAUUUGCCUCGCUAGUGAGGAUGAGAAAAAGGGCAAGGAACGUGAAGGAGGAAACUUUUUCGAUUUUGGACGGAAGGGAAAGGACAAAGAUACCCAUGCGACUUUUUAG